UUUUUGGGCGCACACUUUCUCCUUUCUCUCGUUCUUCUCUGUAAAAGAAACUCCGUUCCUUCAUCUUCCGCCAUAGCUUUCUUCACUUGUCGAAACCUAACCAGAAGCUUCGUGGAAGACUGUUGCGGAAGCUGACUGAGAUUCUUUGGAGGUUGUUGUUAGAGGGAGAAUUUUACGGUUUCGAGGUGUAAUUGGGCGGAAUUGGCGAUGUCUCUGAGGAUAAAGGCGGUGGUGGAUAAAUUCAUGGAGGAGCUUAAGGAAGCCUUGGAUGCGGAUAUUCAAGAUCGUAUCAUGAAGGAGAGAGAGAUGCAGAGUUACAUUGAAGAGCGCGAACGUGAGGUUGCUGAGCGCGAAGCUGCUUGGAAGGCUGAACUCUCCCGUCGCGAGGCAGAGAUUGCACGACAAGAAGCAAGGUUGAAGAUGGAGAAGGAGAAUCUGGAAAAAGAGAAAAGUGUGCUAAUGGGAACUGCAUCAAAUCAAGAUAACCAAGACGGAGCUCUUGAAAUCACUGUAAGUGGUGAAAAAUACCGAUGUCUCAGGUUUUCAAAGGCAAAAAAAUGAGGCUGACAUGAAGAACAUGAUAAAGAAAAAAAGUAAGGUAAUGUCUUGUUUGUGGCCUCUUCUUCCUCCUCCUCUUAAGCUUCUUAUAAUUUUUUUCAAAGCAAAGUCAUUAGUGUUGAAAGGGUUCUAAGAUGUACAUGUAGAUAAUUGUUUAUUACAUUAUCUGAUGCUAACAGCUUCUAUAUUUGAUCAUUCCAUUUCAUUUA